UUUAGUGUAGUUAGUAUUUUUUUUAAUUUGCUCCAUCAGGUAACUUAAUUAAGAUGAAAAAUUUCCAAUUCUCACACAUUUUCGCUGCAAUUUUAGCAUCUUUAAUCCUAUACACUCAAGCUCAACUGGACAACUCCAAGCAAGAAAACUAUGGUUUUACCGAACAAAACAUCACCAUAAACAGUACAUCAAAAUGGGAAUUAGAUUUGGACGUAACGAGACUGUCUCAUGCUGAUGAAUACACUAACUAUUCAUUAUACUACAACGUUUGGGCCAGUUUCCACAUGGAUGGAUUGCGAGGACUCAAGAGUUUCAACGUUGCCAAUUUAUUCAGCUACAAUAUCAUGGGCGGUCACCAAACCUCCGAAAACGACGCCAUAUCUAAUACCUGGUCUCUUGGAGAUGUUAACGUUACUUUGGAAUUAUCGGUUUCUUCCGAAAUCCUUUCCGACAAAUAUUUCCCUUACAAUUACCCCGUAAUAGUACGGUGGUUCAUCCAAAGGCAAGUAAACGUGACCUAUCCUCAUGGAGCCAAAAUUGGACCCGAGGAGCAUUCGCUUGGUUUCGUUGGUACAAACUCCGAUCCUAAAGCGCCUGGAUUGUUCAAUUUGUUCAGACACACAGGCUCCGAUGUUAUUAACGUUCACGCCAGAACCUUAGACGUGAGCCCGAAUUCCACGGUGACAAACUCGCAUGUCACAGACGGUUUCAAUGUGACGAACAACGCUAGAAUCACUCCUAGCGCCAGCGUUUCAUUACAAACUAUCAAUGGAAUCGAUCACUACCAGUUAGAUGAACUGACCGUCGUCGAGUCUAUUAUAACUUUGUUCAAAGUGUGAUGUUUUUAAGAACUCUAUAAAAUAAAUAUAUUGAUGUUGAAA